UCUAGUUCAAUUGAUUGUUGUUGUUUCUUGAUUUUUAGAGUAAUUUUGUCUUAUAUUUGAUUUCCUGUAACUGAAGUGGACUCAGUGCUGUCUGAACGCCUUCAGGAGAGCAUUUGAAGAUGUUUUUUUUCAGUGACAGACUCAAUGUGACUCAGUGAUUUUACGAAUUCACUUAAGGGUGGUUAAUUGGGAUUUCACUUUUUUCAUUUCAAAUAGUGUGUAAUGUUGCUGUUGGUGCAUGAACAGUAUCUGCAAAGUUGCAGAAAGUUCGACGUAAGCUGAGAUAUCUGUCUUUUAAAAAUCAGGAAGUUUAAUGCCUACAAAAACGACUCGAAUGGGACUACAUCCGGGUUUUAUACGUAACUAACCCAUGGAUUUGCAUCAACCCAAUCUCCGGUUUACGCAAAAAAGUGGCGUGGCCAUAUUUCUGCGGCUUUGACGAAGAGGAAGAGUUCUAGUGAAGAGCUAGCCAUGCCGUCGAAAGUGUGUUAUUUUCACCCAGCUGUCAGGUCUUCUGUGUUCGGGCUUCCCACGGACCCUGUAGUUCGUCAACAAUGGCUACAUUUUAUGUUUGAUUAUGUACCUGAAAAUUACAAUCGUAAUUUAGCUCUUUGUGCGGCUCAUUUUACGAAAGACAGUUUCCAGAAUCUAUACAAAUUCAAUGCCGGAUUCAACAAGAAACUGUUGCUAAAUCCUGGAGCAGUUCCAACUUUAAAACCAGAGGCAGCAGUUGUUGGACCACAACCUUCUACAUCUCUGCAAGGUCCAAGUACCCAAGAGUUUCUUAAUAUAUCUACAAGAGUUGAAGUUGGAUGUCAGACAGACCCUAUGAAGUCAGAAAGUCUGGCCACAGAGAUAUCGCCAAACAUGCGAUCAGCCACACAACUUUCUACUGGCACAUUGAGGGAUUGUCACGCAAGGAGCGGAGGAAUUCAGGCAACAGUUUCUACUCUAAAUAUUGGUACUGAAAAAACGGUCAUGUUGCAAGAUAUGCAUCCAUCUUCAACACCAAUAAAAGGCUCAAUGUUCAGACCAAGAAAGAGACCUCGUCUGGAAUUGGAAGAGGACGAGGAAAUGGAUGACACUGAAUCACAAGUACAAGUGGAACCACAAGACUCGACAUAUAAUCCAGAGAGUACUGCCACUAAGGAAUCUGAAUUGUCGAUAGAUCCACAGACAAACUCGGGUGAAAAAAAAUACAUUGUAUUUGAAAGUUCCCUAAGAGAGUUAUUUGGGUCCUGUCCAAUUUGUAAGACAAAAUGUACAGACCAAAGCAGGCAAAUGGGGACUUUUGUGGCAUUCUCUCAGCAGUGCGAGAAGUGCCAGUACAACAGACAGUGGCAGAGCCAGCCCAUAGUAGGAAGUACACCAGUCGGUAACCUACUACUGUCUGCUGCAACUUAUUUUACCGGUGGCUCCUUUGUUCAACUGCAGAAGAUUUUUAAGGCCAUGAACCUCCAGAUGACAACAUAUAGCACUUUCAGGAAACAUGCCAGGAAUUUCAUUGAACCCACCAUCAUACAUAAGUGGAACAGAGAUCAACUACAUAUUAUUGCACAGCUGCAACAGCAGGGAAAGGUUCCAUUAGCUGGAGAUAUGCGCGCUGACACACCAGGACACUCUGCCAAAUUCGGUAGCUACACUUUGAUGCACGUGGAAACCAACAAAAUUCUGGAUCUUCAACUAAUUCAGAGCAACGAGGUGGGAGGCAGUCACCACAUGGAAAAGGAGGGAUUAACGCGUUGCCUGGAUAAACUGGAGUCUAAUGGUUUAGCUGUUGACUAUCUAAUAACUGAUAGACAGCCACAGAUUCAGAAGUAUCUGAGGGAACGCAGUAUCACUCAGUUUUAUGACGUGUGGCACUUUCAGAAAGGGCUGUCAAAGAAAUUGGACAAACUGUCACAGAACAAGGACUGCAAGGUGCUGAAGACAUGGUUGCGGAGCAUAAAAAAUCACAUAUACUGGAGUGCGACUUCCACUGUGUCUGGCCCAGAAAGGCUGGCUAAGUGGACCUCCCUGCUGAACCACAUUCAAAAUGUGCAUGUUCACGAAAACCCCCUGUACCCUAAGUGUGAACACCCGGACAGAGUUUCCAGGGAUCGAAAGAAAUGGUUCCAAUCAGGAUCAGUGGAACUCCACAAGUUGGGAAAGGUACUAUACAACAAGAGAGUACUGAAGGACAUAGAAAAACUCAGUCACCACUUCCAAACAUCGUCACUUAAGGCAUUUCGCAGCCUUAUUCUGCGUUUUGCCCCAAAGAACGUUGUUCUCCCUUUCAUAGGGAUGUUGUGCAGGUUGUAUCUCGCAGCCAUGCACUACAAUGAAAACUCUGACCAUCAACAGGCAACAACAACUGCUGGAAAGGCUGUGUUCAUAAAGGGGGAAUGCACAGCAAAGCCAGUGAAAAUCGACCCAACAUACAACUAUGUUGAUGAGCUUAUCAGUCUGCUGGUAAAUAAAGUCUUUCUGGACCCCACACCAUACACAGAAGAGCUGCAUGCAGUCCCCAUUCCCCCACCUCUGUCUUCACAGUAUGAAAAUCCAUCAAAUGAAGAGGUGAUUGCUCGCCAUGUGUCCCACCUCAGUCAAGGGGGGAGCGGAAUCCAACAUACUGGCCAGUUGGAUCUGGAAACUGCUGGCGGAUCCGGUCACCAACACAAGAUGGGAUGACAACUCUCAUAUCUCGCACCAGCUGACAAACCUACGGUAGCCCAGAUAACGAAAACGCCUAUGGCAGGAAAUCCCAAUGUUGUGUGUAUGAAACAUUUGAUUGUACAGGAAAAUGAUACAUGUCGUUUGAAAAUAUUGAUUUUACAACUACAUUGAAACAGAAAGAUAAUUAUUUGUGAAUAUCUUACAUUUCUUUUAUUUGUUAUUUCUGUUUGUUAUUUGUUAUUUCACUCAUCAAACUUUUUGAACAGUAAAUAAAAACUUACUCUUCUUCA